AUGUUAAUUGUAAGAGAGGAGAUGAAAGAAGGGUGCUGCUGGACAGUAAGGAAUGGAAGGAAAAUUGAUGUUUGGAAGGAUCCUUGGGUACCAGGAUUGCCAACCAAGAGACCUGAAGGGAGACCACAGGAAGCAUACAAUGUAAAGAAAGUGCAGGAUCUUAUUAUUCAAGAAGAACACAGAUGGGAUGAAAACAAGCUGCAGCAGCUAUUCACCCAAACUGAAGUUGCUAAGAUAAUGGAGAUCUAUAUACCUGAAGGGACUGAUACCAACACUAAUGACAAGCUGCUAUGGACUCCACAUCCAAAAGGAGACUUCUCUGCAAAAUCCUUUAUCAAGUAUCUGAAUGCCAACACUCCAUCAACCUCAACCAAUGAUGAGUUUCCAUGGAAGAAAUUUUGGGAGGUAAAAAAUAUCCCACCCAAAAUUCAAAUAUUUAUGUGGAGAUUACUCAAAAAUGGGCUUCCAGUAGCGCACAACAUAAGUAAGCACAUACAUGAGAUUAGUGAUCAAUGCAAAUUAUGUGAUAGAGAGGUUGAAAACAGUGAGCAUCUGUUUUUGCAAUGCCCAACAACCCAAGCAAUUUUAUUUGCAUCACCACUCAGCCUCAGAGUAGGAGAACAACCUAGUAUGACUAUACAAAAUCAUGUGACACAGUGGUUGGAUGAAGGUGGAGAUUACACUAAACUGAAGAUGGGGGCUUGUGUCUGGUGGGCUGUUUGGAAAGCUAGAAAUGUUGUGAUAUUCAAUAGGGCCAAGUUGAACAUACAAUCUGUUCUUAAAGAGGCGUUGUAUUGGGCCAACAUGGAAACCACAGCUGAAGAUAUGAACAAUAUGCUGACUGAGACUGAUAUUAUGGAGUCCCAAAAGAACAACUGGGAACCACCUGAAGUAGAGAAAAUCAAAAUUAACUUUGAUGGAGCAGCGGGACCUAGAGGUUUUGCUUGUGGUGCAGUUGCUAGGGAUUCCAAGUCAAGUUUUCAGGGAUGCAAAAAUCAGAGUCUAAACUAUUGCAAGGCAGUUGAAGCUGAGGGGAAAAGAGCAUUGCUAGCAGUGGAUUUGGCCAGAAGAAAGGGGUUCAGAGACAUUAUUCUGGAAAGGGAUUCAAUCACAGUUAUCAAUGCUCUCAAAUAUGCUCACUAUAAACCAAACUGGCGCAUUCAAAGUACUAUAGACAGAAUCAGAGAUGAGCUAAGUCUGUUCAGAUCAGUAGACUUCAGGUAUGUUAAGAAGACUGCCAAUAAUGUGGCACACAAUGUUGCAGCUCUAGCUGUUACAUCCCACUCCUCAAAUGAGUGGUUUACUCUCCCUCCUUCUUGUAUCGCUCAGCUCAUUGUGAGUGAGUGUUCUUCCGUCUGA